GCUAAACGUGGAUACCGAGUCCAUCGUGUUCGGACGCACCGUCAACCCGUAUAACCGGGCAUUCGUAUCAGCGACGCCUAGGAACUGCAAAAGGAGUAGACAGAAUUACAGGAUCUAUCAUAACUUCGAGUGCUCCUAUUUAGCGAACUACAUACAGAUAUUGUCAAAGUGACGGGGAUAAUCACCAAACGGACUCCUCCGUCGGCGCUGUCUAUUCAGUAUCUACGCACAAUGAAUGCGCGGAUCAGUACCCUGGUCCGACAAAUGCACGAAGCUUGGAAUUAUGAUGGGAAACUUGUUGAUACAUUGCUCUGGGUUCCUGCUCCUCGUACGGCCGUGCCGUUUGAUAAGUACACUUAUCUUGGGUUCACGAGGUUAUUCAAUGUGAUCGACUGGCCGGCCAUGGCUCUCCCGCUUGGGAUGUUUGUGGACAAGUACAUCGAUAUAAAGACGGGGAUAACCCUGUUUAAUGCACUAGACGAUGGGAUUCAGGGUCUUUAUGAUCCAGAGUCCUUCCACGGUCUGCCAUUGUCCGUUCAACUAAUCGGUCGGAGGUUCGAGGACGAGAAGCUUCUUGCUGUCUCACGUUGUGCACGAUAUAAUUGCAGACCGACGUCAAAUAUGUGGAAAUACACAUAUAUAGGAUCUAUGAUGGAGGUUGGUAGUUUAGAGACAAUACCAAACCAAGAAACACCACCCCUGGUAUCCCUCUCCGUUGGAACAGGAUAGAAGAGCGCCUUAAUUCUGGCAUCCCGCUCGCAUCAAGACCAGGACCUGCUCUGAAAUGAGUUCUAAUAAAUUUCUCCCUCUGUAUUGAAUCCGCCAGCUUAAUCUUAGCAACUAAAAAGCAAAUCCCAUUUCAAAUGGAUAAUCGCCGACAACUCUAAAG